CGCCAAUGGGAAGCGCGCAUGCGGCGCGAGGCCCGCCUCCGGCGCGCAUGCGCAGUGACGCCCCCCGAGAGGCCUCUUCUGCAAGAUGGCGGCCGCGGCCCGGGGCCUCGUCGCGGCGAUUCCGUGAGGGGAGCGCGGUGCCACCACAGAGGAGGAGGAGCGGGUGGUGAGCUGCUUCGCCGUGCGCAUAGGGGGGGUGGGCUCUCGUGCAAACACCUUUGGCCACCUGGACUUGGUGGCUGAGCGUGCGAGCACCCGGCCCACUACCCCCACCCCCGGCACGGCCCCGGUACAAGGCGCUUUCCCAGCAGUCAUGUCGGGCUCGGCUUUUCCUCCGUCGCAAGCUGGCUUCGCCGCUGAGCCCGGACGCUACCCCACCGCCUCCCUCCAGUAUGGAUACCAGACAACGCGGCAGCCACAGGAGUACAGCGCUGCUGAUUACCGGGUGCACGCUCAGGAUUUCGGCUCGCCACAACAGAGACGGCGGCCGUCCCUCCUCACGGAGUACCAACCGAGCGGAGAGAGCGGCAGGCCUCCCUAUGCUGGCCCGGCCGGCACUGUGCAGGACACUGACAACCUCGACAUGAAGAGGCCUCGGCUGGAGCAGCCGCAAGGCCUGGAGGCGGCCAUGCAGCGCAGCACGCUGCUGCCCCCGACGCAGCCUGCGCUCGACGGCACGGCCACCAGCGUCGUCAGGAAGGAGGCGCUGUUCACCGGGAAAGUUGAGCCGGUGUCUCCGCCAGCAGUCCCGAUGGCACUCACGGAGGACGCGGACACUUCCCCGUCCAAGCUGUCCAAGGAGGAGCUGCUGCAGAGCAUGGACCGCGUGGACCGCGAGAUCGCCAAGGUGGAGCAGCAGAUCGCCAAGCUGCGCAAGAAGCAGCAACAGCUGGAGGAGGAGGCGGCAAAGUCUCCCGAGCCGGAGAAGCCCGUGUCUCCUCCGCCCAUGGAGUCGAAGCACCGCAGCAUCGUGCAGAUCAUCUACGACGAGAACCGCAAAAAGGCAGAAGCUGCUCACAAGAUCCUUGAGGGCCUGGGACCGAAGCUCGAGCUGCCCCUAUACAAUCAACCGUCGGAUACCGUGGUCUACCAUGAAAACAUCAAAACAAAUCAGAUAAUGAGAAAGAAGCUCAUCCUGUACUUCAAGAGGAGGAACCACGCACGAAAGCAGAGGGAGCAGGAGCUGUGCAAGAGAUACGACGAGCUGAUGGAGGACUGGGAGAAGAAGGUGGAACGCAUCGAGAAUAACCCGCGGCGGCGCGCCAAGGAGGCGAAGACGCGCGAGUAUUACGAGAAGCAAUUCCCCGAGAUCCGCAAACAGCGCGAGCAGCAGGAGCGCUUCCAGAGGUCAGGGGCAGCGCAGCGGAGCCACACACACACGUUCACACGCUGUUACGUUACGGUCGGCCAGAGGGGUUCGGGUUUGCCUGCGACGGUGGCCCGGAGUGAGCACGAGAUGGCUGAGAUUAUAGACGGGCUGUCGGAGCAAGAGAACAACGAGAAGCAGAUGCGCCAGCUGGCAGUGAUCCCUCCCAUGCUGUACGACACGGAGCAGCGGCGUGUCAAGUUCAUCAACCACAACGGCCUCAUUGAGGACCCCGUGAAGCUGUACCGCGACCGGCAGCUCCUCAACGUGUGGUCCGACCAUGAGAAAGAGCUCUUCAAAGAGAAGUUCAUUCAGCAUCCGAAGAAUUUUGCCCUCAUAGCCUCGUACCUGGAUAGAAAGAGCGUCUCGGACUGCGUACUUUUCUACUACCUGUCUAAGAAGAACAUCAACUACAAGAACCUUGUGCGGAGAAGCAACUGUCGACGCAAGGGCAAGGGCACGAAUUCACAAGCUGACAGACAGUGGCGCUCUGGAAACUACUCCUCCGUGGACAAUGAUCGAGCAUCGCUGGCUCUGCGCUUGUGCCAUGGCUUUGCCUGUGCAGGUCGACUGUGCAGCAUGUCAGGAGCCAAGGCCUGUGACGACCAGGCGAUAACGCGACCCGUGACGGAAGAGAAGGAUGAAAAAGAAAAGAAGGAAGAAAAGAAGGAAGACAGGGAACGGGAGAAGGAGAGGGAGAAGGAGGAGGAAAAGCCAGAGAAGGUGGAGGAGCGCGAGGAGCGCGAGGAGAGCCGAGAGAAGGAAGACGACUCGUCCAGGGAGAAGGAGAAGGAAAAGGGAGACUCCUCGGGCGAAGAAGGCGAUGAGAAGGGCCCGUCGGCCGGCAAGGGCCGAAGGACGGCGGGCAGCCUGUCGCGUCGGAAAGGGCGCAUCACGAGGUCCAUGGCCAACGAGGCUGCGGCAGCCGCAGCGGCGGCGGCGGCCGCCAACACAGCAGCAAGCGCCACCCCCGAGGACCCCCCGCCCGCACCACAGCCGCCCCUGCCGGAGCCCGUUAUCGUCUCCACCUGUACCACUGCCGCUACUGCCACCGCCACCACCACUGGCGUUGCCACUACCGCUGGUGCCUCGCCCGUUGCCGCCAUCCCAACUACCAUAGCCACCGCCGCCACCGCCGCAGCCACCGGCACUGCUACCGCCACCAUCACCGCCACGACCACCCUUACCACCAUCAGCAUUGGCAUUACCCCCGCCACCGCCACAUCCUCGACCUCCACGCCACUGCCCGCAAUGGGAGCCAACGCGGAACCUGUGGAGUCGUCACGCUGGACCGAGGAAGAGAUGGAAAUUGCUAGGAAAGGGUUGGUGGAGCACGGUAGGAACUGGCCAGCAAUUGCCAGAAUGGUUGGCUCCAAGUCGGAAUCUCAGUGCAAGAACUUUUACUUCAACUACAAGCGACGACACAACCUGGACGCUCUGCUGCAACAGCACAAGGCCAAGGGGUCGCGGUGGAGGGCGCGGGCCGAUCGCGAGCUGUCGCAGUGUGAGAGCGUUGCCUCCACCGUGUCCGCCCAGGACGACCAGGACGACGACGAUGACGAGUCCGGGGUGAGCGGCGACCAGAGCGAAGGCGGAGACAAUAACAGCUCGGACACGGAGAGCGCGCCGUCCCCCAUGGAUACCACACGGCUCAAGGAGGAGGAAGGCGUUUCCGGCGGCGCCGACGUCAAGCCGGCCAACUCCGGGGCCGUGCCGCUGUCUGCCGACAAGGAGGAUGCUGCGAAGGUGGAGGAGCCGGAGGAGCCAAUGGAGGUGGACUCCAAUGCCCCCGGGGCGCAGGUGAAAGCGGAGUGCAAGACGGAGGAGGAGGACGAAGAGGUGGAGCAUCCGGCGAAGGCGGUCGCCGCUGCAGACGUCCGGCGUCCCGUCGAGUUACUGCGCGCCAACGAGGAGGAAGGGGAGCUGGGCGAGCUGGUGCGCCGGCCACUGGGCAGCGUCACGUCCAUCUCCAGCCACGAUUCGAGCGCCACCUGCAGUGCUGACGAGGGGGAGGAGACUGUGCCGGGCACUGUGUCGCCCAAGCCGAGCCUCCUGUGCCCGCCACGCGCCAUGAUGAUGUCACCGCCCAUCAGGCCACCCGCCAUGGACCUGCAGCAGCUGAAGCAGCGAGCGGCGGACAUCCCUCAUAUGAUGUACGCGGCCGGCCCGCCGAAGGCGCAGGCGGACGCGCUCACCAUGUUCCAGCAGCAGAUCAAGGUGGUGGCGCAGGAGUCGGCGCUGGAGGACCCCGCCAGCGGCCACAGGCACGACGCAUCGGACGCCGGCGGCCUCAAACGCGAGUCGCAGGAUCCGGCGGGGGCCUCCCGGCGCGACUCCCUCGACGGGGAGCGGCACGGCAGCACCAGCCCCCGUUCGCUCAACCGCAGCUCCGCCGGCCUCGACAGAGACGGCCGCUCGGUGGCCUUCUUCUACCAGGAUGCGAGCGGCGGAGCGGUGCCCUCGUCGUCUCCGUACCACGCGUUUGUCCGCGAGACGGGCAGGGCCGGCGAGCUCUACCUGCAGAGGCACCCCCUGCCAGGCUUGCAGCCGGCCCCGCACCUACUGGACGUGACCCGGCAGCCCGUGCCCCGGCCGGCGCGGCUUGGCGCCAUGCCGGGGCCCCCGCCACUCAUCCCGUCGGGGAAGCAGGCCGGCACGGCCGAGAAGCCCACGGUCAUCAUGGGCGGAGGAGGCUCCAUCACGCAGGGCAUCCCUGCGUACCCGUCGGGCGCGGUGCACGCGCGUGUCGCCUUUUCCACGGACCCGGGCAAGGUGGCCAUGGGCUCCAUCCUCAUGGGCACGCCGCGGCCCGCUGACGCCUCCAAACACGCGGCGGUGUCGGUCAUCAAGCAGGAGGAGCUGUCUCCACGCGGGCAACCCGAGGGCUUGCACUCCCGCCAGAGCUCGGACCCCUCAAUCCUCAUAGCCGGGCCCUCGGCGGCGCCCAUGCACGAGGGCGUCGUUUCCAAGGCGUCGGGGCCUCCGGCCAAGCUGUCGCUGGACUCCUCCGUGAACUACCGUGGCUCCAUCUCGCAGGGCAUCCCUGCGGAGGUGCUGUACAAAGGAACCAUCUCCAAGCUGGCUUCCAGCGAUGAGUCCACCGGCUCCGACCGCGGGAAAUCGAGCCACCCAAUGUCCUACCCCUCUCUCCAGAAGAGCGCCGGCGAGGGCUCGCGGAGCCCCAGGGCCCCGCACGAGAUGGCGGGGAGCAAGCGCACAUACGACAUGAUGGAGGGCGACCUACAGAGGAUGCACCGCCUCGCCGAGUCCAGCUCCUACGAAGGCCUGUACAGCCGAGCCCAGCACAGGGAGGGCGCCGGCGUCCCGGAAAAUAAGGAGCGCGCAUCCGUCCUCGGGUCCAUCAUGCACGGCACGCCGCGGCCCCACGUGGAGCCGGAGGAGUUCCACCGGCGCGAGAGCAAGCAGAUCAAGCGCGAGGACAUGUCGCCCAAAGGGGGCGGCUACGAGGGUGGCCUCGGCAAGGGCAAGCCCUACGACGGGCCUCAUACCAUCAAGGAGACGGGCCGCUCCAUCCACGAGCUCCCGCGAGCCGACGGCCGUAAGCCGGCCGAGACGGCGCAGCAACAGCAGCAGCGCCGCACCCCCGAGGUGAUCCACGCGCCGACGCGGGUCCUGCACGAGGGCUCCAUCGCACAGAUUGCUGGGGUUCAUGCUGGAUCAAAAAUCCAGCUUGCCACAGCUGUAAAUUAUGUGCUGGGCACGCCGGUGAAGUACGAGAGCAGCCUGAAGCACGACGUGAAGUCGCUGCUGGGCAGCCCGAGCCACCUGGCCCACGCCGGGCUGGCGCAGCACCUGCUCAUGGCGGACAACGCUCGCGCCGCGGAGAGGGGGGGUGGCGUGGGAGGGGGCGACGCGUCUUCACGGCAGUCGGGCGACAGGGGGGCCGGCGGUGGCGGCGGUGGCCGCUACGAGGAGGGCAAACCCGAGGACCUGUCGCGCCUGCGCUCCACGUCCGUAGUGAGCGCAGUGCCCAGCUCAUCGGUGCUGAGGGGCGGCCCCCAUGACGCCGGCAAGUCCCAGCUGAGCCCCGGCACGUACGAGGAGCAGCUGGCCACGAUGCGUCUGCCCGUCGGCUACCAGGGCUCCAUCGCUCGCUCGUCGCCCGCCCUCGUCCGCUCGUCUGAAGGGAGCAUCACGACGGGCAAGCCUGUGUCUCACGAGCGCAAAUCUACGCCCACGCCGCGCGACAACGCCGCGCCCAAGUCUCCGGGCUCGGUGCAGGAGCGGGCCGGCACGCACAGCCCCUACGACACAGCGAUGCGCGACAUAUACCGCGCGCAUCUCCCGCUGGGCUUUGACCCCGCCAACGCCGUCUACCACCCGGCCUUCCUGCAAGCGGUUGGGCCUUACGCUCUUAACCCCGCAGCUCAGGGAUACCUGAUGGCGCGGCCUGGGACGGUGGGGGCCCGACAGCUGUCACCGGGCCCGGCCUACCCGGGUGCCUACCAGCUGUAUCACCACCACCCGCACGUGUUCUCCGAGUCGGCGGCCGUCAUGGAGAACCGGCAGACGCUGCUCAACGAUUACAUCACCUCGCAGCAGAUGCUGCGCCCCGAGGUGGGGGGCCGGGGGCUGUCCCCCCGCGACGUCCCCGUCACCGUCUCCGCCUACCCCCUCCACCCAAGCAUCAUCAACCUCGCCCAGAUGUCACAUCACCCCAUGCUCGUGCCGCAGCCCGGAGGCACCAGCACGCCGCCCAUGGACCGCAUCACCUACAUGCCCGGCACCUCGCCCGCGUUCAGCCGCCCCUACACCGCCUCGCCCCUCUCGCCCGGGGUGGACCCGACGGGGCUCUACGCCAAAGGGUCUCCAUCGCCCGCGUCCCCGCGCCCCCGGGAGAACGUCAUCCAGAGGCCGAGCAUCGUGCAGGGCACGGGCAAGACGGUGAUCACGUCCACCGAGUCGCUCGUCCACUCACGACCCGGGUCUCACGGGCUGGAGGUUUCGGCCAACGCCCAGGGAGGCGGGAUGCAGUCGCGCUCCAACUCGGAGCAUUACAAGGGCAAGGAGGGCAAGGCCGAGUCGUUCUCCGGGCGGAGGGAAGAGUACCCGUCGUCGCGCAGCAAGUCCCAGCACUCGGGUGCAGAACCCCACGCGGCCGUCAAGUCCCACCACCCGUACCCCGACGGGCAGGCCGCCGCCUCCGCUGCUGCCGCCGCCGCCUUGUCGGCGCAACACGAAUCCUGGCGCCGGGCGGAGCUGGCAAACAGGCAACAGGAGCACAGAGCUGAACACAGGACGGAACACAGGGCGGAACACAGGACGGAGCACAGGCCCGAACACAGGCCCGAAAUAGCGAGCUAUCACACGUCGGUGCUGAGCACGGCGCAGUCGGUGCGCCCGCUGCCCUCGCUGUCGUACGGCCCCUACAGCGAAGUGGGUGGCGGGAAAGAGCUGCGCGCGGCUGCCCACUACGUCGAGCAGCAGCAGCAGCAGCUGCAGCAGCAGCUCGGCCAAAAGGACGUGCGCUCGCAGGCCGUGGCGCAGCAGCAGCAGCAGUUCUCUGACGGUAGCGCUGGCAAACAGCGGGGUCAGGCCAUGCAGCCUAUGACUCAGUACCCCGAUGUUAGCAACAGCAGCGGCAAGGAGCGGCCACAGACUAAGCCCUUGUCGCGGCACGAGCAGGAGCUGCGAACCCAUGCCGCUCAGCAGCAGCAGCAGCAACAGCAGCAGCAGCAGCAACAGCAGCAGCAACAGCAGCAGCAACAGCAACAGCAGCAGCAACAGCAGCAGCAACAGCAGCAGCAACAGCAGCAGCAACAGCAGCAGCAGCAGCGCUACCAGGUGGGGGGCGCGGAUGGCAUUGAGGUCAUCAGCCCCCCGUCGACGCCGACGCCGCCACGGCACGAGAUGCCCAGGGCGCAGCGACAGCACAUGGACGCGUUGGCAGACGGAGGAGGAGGGCAGCCGUGGCUGCAAGAGGGCCGGCCCCACCACCCCGAGUCUGGGCGGAUGCAGCACCGAGUCAUUACUUUGGCCGACCACAUUCACGAAAUCAUAACGAAAGAUUAUCAAAGCGUCGGGGCGCCUCUUUCUCAAGCCACCUCGCAGCAAGCACAGCAGUACUUAUUCCCUGGGUCGGGCCGGCUCAGGCCUGGCAAGUCUCCAGAGAGGAGUGGGAUUUCCCCGGCCAACCCCGAAGUGCUCAUCGAGCCAAUCUCACCCCCGCAGCAGCAGCAGCUGGCGGGCUCAGAGCGCGCUGACGGCGCCCCCGGCCUGUCCCAUCGCGACGGGGACGACCACGGGUCGUCCGCAUUGAGGCAAGGCUCGCCGCACCUGAGCAUGAGCGUGCCGGCUUAUUUCCGCAACCUGGACGAGAACAGCUCGGCCAUCGUGAAGACCAAGAAGCAGGAGAUAUUCCGCAAGCACAGCUCGGCGGGCAGCAGCGGGGAGCCGGAGAUGGCAGUGCAGCCGGGCACGGAGAUUUUCCACAUGCCCGUGACCACGUCCUCAGGAGCAGUCAGCUCUAGGAGUCAUUCCUUUGCAGAUUCUGUGGGGCCCAUGGGCCUGGAGGCCAUCAUUAGGAAGGCCCUCAUUGGCAGCUUUGAGGAUCAGAACGAGGAGGCCUCGGCCAUGUCGGCGGUGGCGGCGGCCGGAGUGGGGGUCAUGUCCGGCCUAGCGGGGGUGUCGCCUGCGCUAGAUGGACGAGGUCAGCAGGCCCUCGGCCCCUCCCCUUCCUCCUCCUCCUCCUCUGCACAAGCGAGCUCUCUCAAGGUGAAGCUGCCAAGCAGGCCCAGUGCCAGGAAGGCCAAAUCUCCGGGGCCGGCACAGUCAUACGCGGAGCGGCCCUCAUCGGUCUCCUCGGUCCACUCGGAGGGCGAUAACAACCGCAAGACUCCGCUCACGCACCGCGCCUGGGAGGACAGACCCUCGUCCACGGGAUCCACGCCAUUCCCCUUUAACCCCCUGAUGAUGCGACUGCCGAGCAGCACGCCCCCCUCCGCCCUCACGCAGGCGCCGGCCGCCGUAAGUCAGGUGGCCUCGCCGGCGCCACCACCGCCGCCUCCUCCUCCUCCGCAGCGCACGUGGGAGCGGGAGCCUGCGCCGCUGCUCUCCGCGCAGUACGAGACGCUGUCGGACAGCGACGACUGAGCCCCCGCUCGCUCCUUUGCUCGCUCGCUCCUCCUCUGCCGCCCCGUGGUGUCGCCCGGGGGUCGCCCGCGCGGACGCCGAUCUGCACGACGACCGGAAAAAACGCGCCACACGAAACCACGUUCAUUUCCGAAAGCUGAAUGAAACCCCCGCCGCAUGUGCGAUGCUCGUGCCGGCGCACGGGGGGCUCGCCCGCCUCGCCCGCCUCGCCCGCCUCGCCCGGCUCCUUUAAUGCCAAAGCAAAGCGCCGUCAAGACUCCGGCGAUGAACAGGAUGCGUUGCGGGCGAGCGUCUGCGCCGAAGCUCCCUCCGGGACAGUCGCAGCGCAAGCCCCCUUCCCCCCAACCCCUUUCCCCCCCACCCCCUUCCCCCCCACCCCCUCCCCGCGGCGCUAGAGGGUGGCACCGAACAGGCGUCUCGUCCUGCCCGGAGACGCGGUCGCCACCUGCUCAUCCAGACACAUCUUCAGAUUAUAUAUUGGGUCAAAAAAGUAUAAAGUACAGCUUAGUUUUGUAUUUGUAUAUACGUGUAUCUUUUAUCUUGUUUUCUUUUUCAUACGGUCUUUCGUGAAUUUAUUCAGAGCUGACUGGCACACGUUAUUGUACUUAAUAGAAACUGUACAGGAAAAGCAAAGCGGCACCCGGUUUAGUCGGCGUCGAGCGAUUGUGUGAUGCCCCGUUGGUAUGACGCACUCCCCGGCCGGUUGCCACGUCUGCUGUGGAGAUGCGCUAACGCGUUAAUCGUUGUUUUUAGAGUUUUCUUUAACGACCAUCGCACCUCCAUCGCAAGACAUGUUCGGAACUCUUAGCCGCAGGUCCACCCUCAUUAAUUGCCGACGUGAUCUCGUUAACAUUGGAAUGUAAAUUUAACACUGGACCCGAAGCCACCUGAUCACAAAGCCAAACUUUGGAGAAGAUGAAGAUGAAAAGGAGGAGGAGGAACAGGAGCAUAGCAGCACCGCCUGCAUUUCUGUUUUUACUCCGUGACGUCGCUCAGCCCGGCCUAGACAACAUGAAGUGGAACCCAGGCGCAGACGCGAACCUCUCCCCACGGCGUCCCCUCUGUGUCUCGUUUUUAUUUUGCUGUAGUAAACGUGAUGGCGAAGAUGGCUUGAUCCACGUAGUGUUUCAUCUGACGUAAUAAAAGGUUAACAUUUA